CACUCACUCUCCCAUUGCCACCCCUUACCUCCACCCCACUUCCUCUUCCCUUUCCUCUUCCCAACUAGCCCCGCUCCAAUGGUCACGCCUUCCAUGAGUUUUUUAUCGGAGUGGUUUACAGGAGCACAGGUGAGGAUAAUUUUGUUUUGUCUUGGUUUGGUUUCGUUGGCAUUUUGAUUCAGGGUCCCGUUAUAUCUCCCAGGCUAAUCUUGAACUCUUCACCUUGUGGUUGGAGACACAUGAUUUCACACCCACCUGUCCCUUAGCUAAAAAACCACAACAUAGGUAACUGGAUUGCUGACUGAGAAGACCGUGGGAAAUGGUCAAUUCCAAUGCUCUUAAACUAUGUGUGUAGAUAACAGGUUGUAGAACAUAAGUAGGCUGGAAAAUGAAAUAACUGGUAAUUUUGUCUCCUUUUAAAAAGGAAGUGUUAAAGUACACUACAUAUCUUCCAAGUUUAUCCUGAAUAUCCAGAAAGUUCAAUACACACUACACAAAAAUGGGCCUUAUGUUCAUCACUGUUGAAGUUGGUUAGUCUGAUCUGUACGUGAAGAUUCACAACAUAAUACAUAAUAUUCUGUAGUGUGGUAUACGUUUCAAAUUAUAUAUAAUUGUCUUUAAAGCGGUUAAACAUGUAAGUAUCCACUGUAAUCCUGUAGUAAGAUUAAAUUUCGCGGCUAUUUCAUAGCUGCAUGUUCAGAGCAAUAUCUACAUUUUGGAAAAGGAUUUCUAAACAAAAUAGAUUGCAAUUCCACUCGAAGCCUCUGGGCGCCGCUGUCGGCCAGUGCAGAGCAAGCUCCAACGCCCGGGAUCCCUCAGUCUCUAGGCUGGAAUUUCCUGCGCAGAAACGAAUACACUCCAAAGGGAACUCUCGCUCACAGAGACUAAGACACCGAUUUCCAGCCCCAAACUGGGGUCCGGCUGUACGGGGACAGAUGCACCUCCGCCUCGGAAGACCGCACUCUAGCAUACUGUGAAGAUCCGAAGACCUAGAGAGAACCCGAGUCAGCAAUGGGAGGGAGCUGCGCGCAGAGACAGCGCCCCGGCCGCCCGCAGGUACUGUUUACCCUGCUGCUGCUGCCUUUGUUCUGUCCCGCGCUGGGCCAGUCGGUCCGCUACUCCAUCCCCGAGGAGCUGGACCGCGGCUCUGUGGUGGGGAACCUCGCCAAGGAUCUGGGGCUCAGUGUCCUGGAAGUAUCUGCAAGGAAACUGCGGGUUAGCGCUGAGAAGCUGCACUUCAGUGUGGACGCGGAGAGCGGGGAUUUACUGGUGAAGGACCGCAUAGACCGCGAGCAGAUAUGCAAAGAGAGAAGAAAGUGUGAGUUGCAGUUGGAAGCCGUGCUGGAAAACCCCUUGAAUAUUUUUCACGUCGUUGUGGAGAUUGAGGAUGUUAACGACCAUGCUCCUCAAUUCGAGAAGAAAGAGACGCGUUUAGAAAUUCUAGAAUCUGUGUCGGUUGGUACACGAAUACCCCUUGAGCCUGCCACUGACCCCGACAUAAAUUUCAACUCAAUUAAAGAUUACCAGAUAAGCUCCAACCCUUUUUUCUCAUUAAUGGUUAGAGUUAAUCCUGAUGGCGGCAAAAGCCCGGAGCUGUCUCUUGAGAAACUCCUAGACAGGGAAGAACAGAGGUCUCAUCGCUUGAUACUGACUGCCUUGGAUGGAGGGGACCCGCCUCGCAGUGCUACCACUCAAAUAGAAAUAUCUGUAAAGGACAUCAAUGACAACCCUCCAGUGUUCAGCAAAGAAGAAUAUAGGAUCAGUGUUAGUGAAAAUCUGCCCCCAGGGUCCUCCGUAUUGCAAGUGACAGCCACUGAUGAGGAUGAGGGCCUCAAUGCUGAGAUAAAUUACCACUUUCGGAGCACUGCCCAGAGCACAAGACACGUGUUCUCUCUAGAUGAGAAAACAGGCGUGAUUAAGAACAACCAGCCAUUGGAUUUUGAAGAUGUAGAAAGAUACACCAUGGAAGUGGAAGCGAAGGAUGGAGGUGGUCUCUCUACACAGUGUAAAAUCAUCAUAGAAGUCCUAGAUGAAAACGACAACAGCCCAGAAAUAAUCAUCACCUCUCUUUCUGAACGUAUCUUGGAGAAUUCUCCUCCGGGAGUGGUGGUGGCCCUCUUCAAAACGCGAGAUCGGGAUUUCGGAGGAAACGGAGAAGUGACGUGUGACAUAGGCAAAGACCUGCCUUUCAAGAUCCAUGCUGCUUCUAGCAACUACUACAAGUUAGUAACAAAUGGAGCCAUAGACCGAGAGCAGAACCCACAGUACAAUGUCACCAUCUCUGCCACGGACAGGGGCAAGCCACCCCUUUCUUCCAGUACAACCAUCACUCUGCACAUCACCGACGUCAAUGAUAACGCCCCGGCUUUCCAGAAGUCUUCUUACAUAGUCCACGUGGCGGAGAACAACCCACCUGGCGCCUCCAUCGCUCAAGUCAGCGCCUCUGACCCGGAUUUGGGGUCCAAUGGUCACAUCUCCUACUCCAUCAUAGCCAGCGACCUGGAACCUAAAUCGCUGUGGUCCUACGUGACCGUGAACGCGCAGAGCGGAGUGGUGUUCGCUCAGCGCGCCUUCGACCACGAGCAGCUGCGCUCCUUCCAGCUGACUCUGCAGGCGCGAGACCAGGGCUCGCCCGCGCUCAGCGCCAACGUGAGCAUGCGCGUGCUGGUGGGCGACCGCAACGACAACGCGCCGCGCGUGCUGUACCCCGCGCUCGAGCCCGACGGUUCCGCGCUCUUCGACAUGGUACCGCGCGCCGCCGAACCCGGAUACCUGGUCACUAAGGUGGUGGCGGUGGACGCGGACUCCGGACACAACGCCUGGCUGUCGUACCACGUGCUGCAGGCCAGCGAUCCCGGGCUCUUCAGCCUGGGCCUGCGCACUGGCGAGGUGCGCACAGCGCGUGCCUUGGGCGACAAGGACGCCGCGCGGCAGCGCCUGUUGGUUGGUGUUCGCGAUGGUGGACAGCCGCCGCUCUCGGCUACAGCCACGCUGCUGCUAGUGUUCGCUGACAGCCUGCAGGAGGCCCUGCCAGACCUCAGUGACCACCCACUACCCCCUGACCCUCAAGCGGAGCUGCAGUUCUACUUGGUGGUGGCCUUGGCCUUGAUUUCUGUGCUUUUCCUCCUGGCUGUGAUUCUAGCCAUCGCGCUUCGACUGCGACACUCCUCCAGCCCCUCUGUCUGGGGCUGCUUUCAAUCUGGUCUUUGCUCUAAGACUAGGCCAGGGGUUCCUCUCAAUUACAGCGAGGGGACUCUGCCUUAUUCCUACAAUCUGUGCGUUGGGCAUACGGGAAAGGCGGAGUUAAAUUUCCUGAAAUGCAGCGCACCUUUGCCUUCUGCUGAAGAAGUAGUUUGCGGUAGUUCUCCUGGGGCUUUAAUUCCUCUUCACGUUGGGGAUGAUUUGACUACACAUCCCGAGACUCUAACACCGCAAGCCCCGCCCAACACCGACUGGCGUUUCUCUCAAGCCCAGAGGCCCGGCACGAGCGGCUCCCAAAAUGGCGAUGAAACCGGCACCUGGCCCAACAACCAGUUUGAUACGGAGAUGCUGCAAGCCAUGAUCUUGGCCUCUGCCAGUGAAGCUGCAGACGGAAGCUCCACUCUGGGAGGGGGUGCUGGCACCAUGGGCCUGAGCGCUCGCUAUGGACCCCAGUUCACCCUGCAGCACGUGCCUGACUACCGCCAGAAUGUGUACAUCCCUGGCAGCAAUGCCACCCUGGCCAACGCAGCCGGCAAACGGGACAGCAAGGCCCCGGCAGGCGGGAACGGCAACAAGAAGAAGUCGGGCAAGAAAGAGAAGAAGUAACAUGGAGGCCAGGCCUUGAGCCACAGGGCAGCCUCCCUCCCCAGCCAGUCCAGCUUGUCCUUACUUGUACCCAGGCCUCAACAUUUCAGGGCUCACCCCAGGAUACUGGUCGGAGCCAAGGCCAUGCUCCCCGUUGGGAAACAGAAACAAGUGCCCAAGUCAACACCCCCUUCUCUGUGCCCUAGGGGGUUGAAUAUGCAAAGAGUUCUGCUGGGAACCCCCAUCCAAUCAGUGAUUGUACCCACAUGGGUAGCAGGGUCAGUGUGGACACAAAAAACCCACGCCACACUCCCUUAGUUACAGCUGAACUCCUCCUCCUCCACCUUCCAACUCAGUCAGGCUCAGCCAUUUCCCGCCUCCCUCCCCCCCACCCCACCCACUCCUUCAGUCCCUCUCUGGAGCAAGGUGAUUGGGCUGUUGAGGGAGGGGACAGGUGACCUCAGCAGGCUCCUAGUUCUGAAAGAGUUGGGAGACUAUUACAACCUUUUGGCCUCUCCUCCGGUUCAGAUUCCCCGCAAAGCAUGGUUUGGUACCAGUCUGCCCAUUUCCUUCUAGAGCCUGAGACCAAUGCUUAAGUUUCGGGGGACACAGUCACCAUCCCCCUGGUACUGAUGCUUGCUGGAUUUGGGGAAGGCAUUUUGCUACCAAGUCUCUCUUCAAUGCCUGGGGACCAGUCUUUUGUCUUUCAUUGUUUGAUGUUGCCACUGCAUGCUGUGACCUCCCUACUCCUCAAAGAAGAGACUCCUUUGCAUGUCUGGAGACAGGAGGGGGUGGCAAGCUAAAGGGAAGUUGAGUGUACACCGAUGGAGUGGGGCAGUGGAUACAACAGCCCGGUGACAGGGUCUUGCAGGGGGCUCUGUAUGUACCCAGGGUACUGGCCCAACCCCCCAACUCUAGCCAUAGACAACCACCAGGCCAGACCCCUCCACCUCGGGUCAGCCUGAGCAGCUCGGGCUGAGACACCAGGACCAGGGGAUUCAAGCUGGCAUUUCAGUCGAAGAAGGCCUCUAAGUGGAUUUAGGACCAGAGAGGAAAGCGGGGCCUCUGUGGGUGCUGGGUACUCCAGAGGUGCCCCUGGCGAAAGGGUCCGUGGUCCUAGCAGGAAAGGAGGCCAGGCCAGGCCAUUUUGGGCCCCUGGGUUGAGUCAAGGAGGGAGAACAAGGGACCAAGCGGCCAUAAAGUCUCAGCCAAUGAUGGGGCUUCUUCCCUGGGCCCCUGUAGUCCUCAAGCCCCUGGCCUCCACCUUACCAGGUGCCAUUUCUUCUCAGAAGGCCACUGCCCAGGCCCCCAGGCCGCCCCUUCGUGGCCAGAGACUGGUUAAAGCCCCCCAGUGCCUCCUUGUGCAUAGAACUUCCCCGCCCGCCCGUCCGCCCGCCCUCUUGCCCCAGCCCUUACGGUAGUGUAGAAGCCCCCUCCCCGGCUGGUGUAGAAUAGCCAAUAGUGUAGUGUGGUGUGCUUUCACGUGAUGGCGAGUGGGCAGCGGGCGGUGGGCUGUGCGCGGCCGGCCGUCCUUGAAUCUCAACCUGCCUGCGCGGCCCGUGCUGUGUUUUGUGCUGUGUCCACAACGCUGCGGCGACCCCUCCCUGUACUGACUCCUCUAUACAAGCUUCUCUUCGCAUAGUCACGUAGCUCCUGCCCACCCCCCUUCUGAUAUCUCUCGCAAGUUUUAUACUCUAAUAUUUAUAUGGCUUUUUUCUUCGAAAAUUAAAAAUAAAAAAAAAGGUUUCUUCUGAAAAGGC